CGCGAAACUAAAGGGUGAAGGGCUCAAGGUUGAUCGAGCCAUAUUGGCGCUUAAUGACGUCGCUGCCCUUCACCUCGGCGCGUCCACUCAUGUCGACGCGUUGAAGGCUUGCAGCGAGCACCAAACGACUCGAACCUCAGCAACAAAUCAUCGCCUGCUAUCGCACAUUUGUCGCAUUACAUCGUCGCACCCGUAGGACAUCAUAAUGCCCGAGAUCGGCGAAGUCGCCCGGGUAGUACACUACCUCCGCAAACACCUCGUCGGCCGCACUAUCAACACCUGCGAAGCCUUCGCCGACGACAUCGUUUACGGUAAAGUCGGUUGCAGCGCCGACGCCUUCCAACAACAUGCGACCGGCCGCCGCGUCACUGGUGCAGACCAGCAAGGCAAAUACUUCUACAUGACCUUUGAUAAGCCUCCGCAUGCCGUGAUGCACUUUGGCAUGACUGGCUGGAUGAAGUUCGACGCGGAGGAAACGGCGUACUAUAAGCAGGCGAAGGAGAAAGAGAAGGGUGCAGAGGUGGAGUGGCCGCCGAAGUAUGCGAAGUUUGUGUUGAAAUGUGAGGAGGAGACUGUGGACGGGAGAAAGAGAGACCCAUUGCAAGCAGCAUUUGUAGAUGCGAGACGCUUGGCACGGAUACGAUUGGUGGAUUGUGAGGCCGAGAAGAUUCGGGAGGAGAGUCCGCUGAAGGAGAACGGACCGGACCCGGUUAGGGAUAAAGAUAUCGUGACCGUGGAGUGGUUGACGGAGCUUUUGCGGAGGAAGAAAGUGCCCGUGAAGGCAUUGCUGCUAGAUCAAGCUAAUUUGUCCGGUGUGGGCAACUGGGUUGCGGAUGAGGUUCUGUAUCAAGCACGCAUUCAUCCGGAGCAGUACAGCAACACUUUUGACGAUGAGCAAAUCAAGCGGUUGCAUGAUGCGCUGAUAGGCGUCUGCACGUUGGCGGUUGAGACGCUCGCGGACUCGAAGCAGUUUCCGGAGACUUGGCUGAUGAAGUACCGAUGGGACAAGGGAAAGAAGGAUGCGAAUGUCCUGCCAAAUGGUGAGAAGAUUGUCCAUCUAAAAGUCGGAGGGAGGACGUCAGCUAUCGUGCCGAGUGUGCAGAAGAAGACUGCCGCAGUGGCUGGGGAUGUGGAUCCUGCUGAUUUGGAGGAUGGAGAGGAGAAGCCAGCGAGGGGCCGAAAGCGGAAGGCGAAAGCUGUGGAGGAUGACGAAGCCGCAGAGGAUGAGGUGGAGGUCGAAGCGACUGCCAAACGUGGACGAGGUGCCAAACAAAGCAAGGCCAAGGCUGUAGAGGCGAGCGAGCCGGCAGCGAAGAAAGCCGGUCGAGGCAGAAAGCAGGCAGCGAAGACCGACGAUGGGGAGGAUGAUGAGUUAGAAGUCCAGGCCAACGGUGGCGCUGAGGACAUUAAUGACGUCAAGCCGAAAGGUACUCCGAAGACAUCGAAGAAGACAGGUACGACGCCGAAGAAGGCUCACGAGAAGAGUCAGGAGGCUGCGAAGAAGACACCCUCGAGGGCCGAUCAGCCUUCGACGGCAGGCUCUCGAAGAUCGGCGAGAACGAAGGCCAAGUGAUGGUGCCGUAUGGAUAAUGCAUGGCCGGUGUUGUAACGGUGUUAUUGUGUAGGAUAGUGUAUGCUUGUUGACCGUAUAUCAUGUGUAUGUGAAGCACUGCUGAAAUCUUGGC